AAGGAAAAAACGAGCUUUGACCCGAGUGUAGGUAUCGUGUAGAACAUCAACACAUGAAAACUAUUAAGCAAAUUAACACCAAACUGAAAUCUGUUCCCAGCAAUGGCUAGCCUGAAAUUCCUUCUUACUCCAAUAUUUCUCUCCGUUUUGUCAUGUUGGUGUCUUGGAAAUUCAGGGCCACAACUUUCUCAUGCUCAGAUCACACACACCAAUGACACCAUCAAAUCCGGUGAAGUGCUUGGCAAUUCACAGCAGUUGGUUUCAACUGAUGGGAGAUUUCAAUUAGGCUUCUUCAACAACAGUCCGGAUGGUGGAUAUUUAGGAAUAUCGUACACCAAUGAUGCUUACGGAUCUAAGGUAUGGAUUGCUAACCGAGACACACCAAUAAGAGUUAAUAGUCAGCUUUAUCUCACAAUUGACACACACGGCCUAUUGAAGAUUGUGCAUGAUGGAGAUGGGAGCCCAAUUGUAUUAAAUGCCAAUGAAGCAGCACCAAACUCCACUGCUACUCUAGAAAACUCGGGCAACUUUAUAGUCAAAGAGUUGAAUUCUGAUAGAAUCUUAUGGCAAAGCUUUGAUCAUCCGACAGACACACUUCUUCCUGGUAUGAAACUUGGCAUCAACUUAAAAACACAGCAAAAAUGGAUGCUUACUUCAUGGGUAACUGACAAAAUUCCUGCCCCUGGAGGUUUUUCUCUUGAAUGGGAGCUUAUGGAAAAUGGGACAGGACAGUUGGUCAUGAAACACCGAGGGAAUAUGUAUUGGGUUAGUGGGGUUGGGAGCAAUUCGGAUUUUGAGAAUGUUGGUACGAUGACUUCAGAUUGGCUCUAUUACAAUUUUAGUUAUGUUUCUAAUGAGACUGAGAGAUACUUCAGUUAUUCUUCUCCAGAUAUGAGUGUUUCGAGGUGGGUCUUGAGCUCAGACGGGGCACUUACAGAUAAUCCAAAACCUAUUUUUGUGAGAAGUGGUAUGUGUUUUGGUUAUUCCUCUGCGCUUGGGUGUGAACCGCAAAAAACACCCAAGUGCAGGAAUAGCAAUCAAAAGUUUGAGAAAAGAUAUGGUUAUUUUUCUCCUAAGGCAUCACUUGGUUUUGAUUACAAUUCGAACAUCAGUAUUGGGGAUUGUUGGGCUCAAUGCUGGAAUGAUUGUUCCUGUGUUAGUUUUGAUACAUCUACCGAUAAUAAAACUGGAUGCCGGUUCACUAGUCAAUUUGUAGAAGAUCAAGCUCAGAGUUUCCCACAAAUGAAUGUUCUAAUUGAAACUAGACCAGGAGAGCAAAAUACCUGGUGGAUAUGGUUCAUAGUGGCAACAGCGGCUGCUUUAGUUGUAAUCUUGGGAUUCUUAUGCUUUUUGCGGAGGAAAAAACUCAAAAGGGAGCAAGAAAGCAAUGAGGAAGCUACAUUACUUGAAUUGACGACUUCAAACCGAUUUGGAGACGCAAAUGAGAUUAACAAUGAUGGGAGGAAAGGUCAAGAUUUGAAAGUAUUCAGUUUUGCGUCCGUUGUAGCUGCCACAAACAACUUUUCUAUCGAAAAUAAACUUGGACAAGGUGGUUUUGGUCCAGUAUAUAAGGGAAAAUUACCCGAGGGCCAAGAAAUAGCUGUGAAGAGACUUUUAAGUUCUUCUGGACAAGGAUUAGUGGAGUUCAAGAAUGAGCUUAUACUCAUUGCCAAACUCCAGCACAUGAAUCUUGUUAGACUUUUGGGUUGUUGUGUUAAUAGAGAUGAAAAGAUGUUGAUCUAUGAAUACAUGCCCAACAAAAGCUUGGACUUUUUCCUCUUUGAUCCAAAGAAAAGGGAGCUUUUGGAUUGGAAGCGACGUUACAACAUCAUUGAAGGCAUUGCUCAAGGACUUCUUUAUUUGCAUAAAUACUCUAGACUAAGGAUUAUUCAUAGAGAUUUAAAAGCAAGUAACAUCUUGCUUGAUGAUGACAUGAAUCCUAAAAUAUCGGAUUUUGGCAUGGCCAAGGUUUUUGGUCGGAAUGAUGCUGAAGCUAAUACAGGAAGAGUAGUUGGAACACACGGUUAUAUGUCACCAGAGUAUAUCAUGGAAGGAAAUUUUUCAGAGAAGUCAGAUGUAUACAGUUUUGGAGUUCUGAUAUUGGAGAUUGUUAGUGGCCAAAAAACUAGAGGCAUUUAUCAUCUUGAUCGCCCCAUGAACUUAGUAGGAUAUGCCUGGGAAUUAUGGAGAGAAGAUAGAAGUUUGGAACUAAUGGAUUCGACUCUGGUUGAAUCCUAUUCUACACUCCAGAUUUUGAGAUGCAUUCAUGUGGGUCUCUUAUGCGUACAAGAGUUUGCGGCAGACAGGCCAACUAUGUCUGAUGUUAUCUCUAUGCUUACCAAUGAAACUAUGUCACUUCCUACUCCAAAACAAAUAGCAUUUUCUGCUCAAAGACAAUUGAUAGAAACAAAUCUACCUAGAAAUGAACGGGAAAGUAGUUCAGCAACUAUUACCAUUUCAGAGAUGGAUCCCCGAUAAAUAGAGGGUGAAAGAAAUGUUUCUCUGUGUUGUAGUAAAGCAUUUUUUGAUAUUUUAAUGUGCUAUGAUAUUGUUUUUGUGAUUUUCCAAAACUGAUAAAUAUUCCAGUUUUGAUACAUGGAAUGCUUUGAGAAAUAAACAGGGGUGUGUGGAUUGGUGGCAACUAAUAUGGUUUCCUCUCAUAAUACCAAAACAUGCUUUUAUUC